AAAUUCUCACUUCCACAGUAUCCCCAAUUAUCUGCUCAAUUUCUCGCGAAAACGAAGCAAAAUGCGUGAGAUUUUGCACAUUCAGGGAGGUCAAUGUGGGAACCAAAUCGGAGCCAAGUUCUGGGAAGUUAUCUGUGCGGAGCACGGUAUUGAUUCCACCGGAAGGUAUCAAGGCGACAAUGAUCUUCAAUUGGAGCGCUUAAAUGUGUAUUAUAACGAAGCGAGUUGCGGAAGGUUUGUUCCACGCGCCGUCCUCAUGGAUUUGGAGCCAGGAACCAUGGAUAGUGUCAGAUCCGGGCCUUAUGGUCAGAUUUUCCGGCCCGAUAACUUCGUCUUUGGACAGUCCGGUGCUGGUAACAACUGGGCCAAAGGACACUACACUGAGGGAGCGGAGCUUAUUGACUCGGUUCUCGAUGUUGUGAGGAAGGAGGCUGAGAACUGUGACUGCUUACAAGGUUUUCAGGUUUGUCACUCUUUGGGAGGUGGAACUGGAUCAGGAAUGGGAACUCUACUUAUUUCUAAGAUCAGGGAGGAGUACCCGGACAGAAUGAUGCUUACUUUCUCUGUGUUCCCUUCCCCGAAAGUUUCAGAUACCGUUGUUGAGCCCUAUAAUGCUACUCUCUCUGUUCACCAGCUUGUUGAGAAUGCAGAUGAGUGUAUGGUCUUGGACAAUGAAGCUCUUUAUGACAUUUGCUUCCGAACUCUCAAACUUACUACCCCGAGCUUUGGAGACCUUAAUCAUUUGAUUUCUGCCACCAUGAGUGGUGUAACUUGCUGCCUUCGAUUCCCUGGUCAGCUCAAUUCUGAUCUCCGCAAGCUUGCUGUUAACCUCAUCCCAUUCCCUCGAUUGCAUUUUUUCAUGGUUGGAUUUGCUCCGCUCACUUCUCGUGGGUCACAACAAUACAGAAACCUGACUGUUCCCGAGCUCACUCAGCAGAUGUGGGAUUCAAAGAACAUGAUGUGUGCCGCUGAUCCUCGUCACGGUCGUUAUCUGACUGCUUCAGCAAUGUUCCGGGGGAAAAUGAGCACCAAGGAAGUUGAUGAGCAAAUGAUUAAUGUACAGAACAAGAACUCUUCUUACUUUGUUGAGUGGAUUCCUAACAAUGUGAAGUCUACUGUCUGUGACAUCCCUCCAACUGGACUGAAGAUGGCCUCAACUUUCAUUGGCAAUUCCACCUCAAUUCAGGAGAUGUUCCGUAGGGUCAGCGAGCAGUUUACAGCAAUGUUUCGAAGAAAAGCUUUCCUGCAUUGGUACACUGGAGAAGGUAUGGAUGAGAUGGAGUUUACAGAGGCUGAAAGCAACAUGAAUGAUUUAGUUUCUGAGUACCAACAAUAUCAAGAUGCGACAGCUGAAGAGGAAGAGUAUGACUAUGAAGAUGGCGAGGAAGAAGGUCAAGAAGCUUAACUAGUUCAACUUGUGGAGAAAUUUUGAGUGCUGUAAUGCAGUAGGGCUACUGUUCAUUUUUUAAAUCUUGUUUAGGGUUUGGAUUUUUUUUUUUGCAUGCGACAUCGUGGUGGCGUAGUUCCUCAGUGCCUUGUAGUUAUAGUUGGUAUUGCUUCACAUACCUAUUACUGAAAUCUAGCUCUUUGAAUUCUAUUGGUACAAAUAUUUUGUGAAAAGGGAAGCGUGGCUUAUUUCAAAAACAAUUAUAGUGUCUCUCAACGUGUCAGUUUAGAUUUGUUGA